CGCAGCAGAAGUCGGAUAUCGCAAAUACUCACACGGACAAGAUUCAGCAUGGAAUUUUUGUGGCUUUACUCCCUGUGCCAGUGCAUCGUCUCCGUAGCAGUCAUAGUGGUGAGCAUCAGGUUAUGCAUGGCAGCUGGAGGCGGUGCAGCAGUGGCUGAUGUAAACGGGGCCAACCCUGGUGCGAGACCUCAGCACGGAAGCGUAUCUUGUUGCCUUCGCCUGUGCCUGGGCUGGGUGGGCACAAUAGGGGCUGCUCUGGAGAUUCCUGUGAUCGUAUUCCUCAACUUGAGGACCCCGCAGUGUCUGUACACCUGCAUCACCCUGGUGUGCUGCCCCCUUCUGGUGAGGCAGUUCACAAUGUGCCUGCUGGUGCUGCUCACGUUGGACUGCCACCUGAGGCAUCACUGGCCCAGCAGAUACUCCAUUGUGGUGACCCGUCAGCGAGCUCUCUGUGUGGUCCUGCUGUGCUGGAUGGCUUCCGUUCUGACCUCCUUUGGCCAGUUCAUCAGCUCUGACGUACUGGACAGGUGGGGAAGGACAGCUCAAGACCAAGGCACUCCUGGCCCGGGGCUGGAUGGCAACUGGACAACAGAGUCACCCCAUCUUACCCCUUUCCCUAAAUACCCCCACGGCCGCAUAGUUAUUGGGAAGUAUCUUCCGUAUGGAGGUUUUCUGUCGAAGUUUUACACGGAUGACUUGCAUAACUUUACCUAUGAGGAGAUUCACAGCAGCCACUGGGGAGUUUGCGCCCCCGACACCAUCCUCAGCCCCCAGUUCUUGGUGUAUGUCCACGGCAUGGCUGUGUUCAUGCUGCCUUUGCUUUGCCUGCUGGUUCUUCACCUAGAUCUUCAUUGCAAGAACCCCAAACAGUUCAGCCAGUCAGACCCCUCUAAGUAUAAUCCCUGGAGGUUCCGCUCUCUGACUCUGUCAGUCUCCUUCUUAGUUUUGUUUUGUCUGCCUCUGCAAAUCAUCCAUGCCGUGUUGCUCUUCACCCCCACCGCCACACUCCCCAAGUGGGCUCACGCAAUGGCCGUGUUCUUCUUCCAGCUGUACGGCCUCGUGCCCCAGGUUCUCUUCACUCCACCUGGCAAACAAGAGAGCAAAGAGCGGGCAACCUUCGCUCUCUCUGCCCUCCCUCCAGAGAUAGCGCCCCCCGGGGCGAAAUCAGUCCAUAAGGCCCUGUGUGAAAACACACAGGCCGCUUCCUGGUCCACGGCCAAACAUUCUCUCAAAGCCAAAGUGUGUCCUGAGGUUUGAAAUUCAACAAUUUCUCUGAGGCCAUGUCCUCAUGAACUCUGGUAAUUAAAAUAUACAUUUAGUUUUGACAAGGGGUACAAUUUGGAUCAUUGUUUGUUGGUUGGUUUGUUAGUUAGCAGGGUUACACAAACACUGCACAUCCAAAAGGAGACUCAAAUAAAACAUUUGUCCUGAGAGUUUGUUCCUAAUGUCGGAACAACAAAGUAGCUUGCUAGCUGAGUAGCCGGUGGUCAAACAUGAUUAUUCUCUGGUGGUAGAGGAGCUGGUUUUCUCUUUUUGUCAUUUGAGUCAUGAUGGAACCAUUCCUACACCCAGAAUUCAAAUGGUUGUGCCCAGUCCUUCUACACCUAAUAAGAGAACCAGAAAGUAGCCUGCUCGCUAACAAGGUGACUGUCAAACAAACAGUGAAUGAUUUUUCCCUUUUGUUAAAGGAAUUUGCUUUCAGGUUUUGCCAUUUAAGUCACGAUGGAACCUUUCCUAUCGCUUCAGAAUGCAAAUGGGAGUCCUCUCCUUCUGUACCUAAUGAGGGAACCAGAAAGUAGCAUGCUGGCUAACAACUGGCUAACCGACAUAACUGUGGCAUGCCACAAUUUUAGACUUUCGAUACAGGAAUUUCUUUUAUGUUUUUGUGCUUACAAUGGAAAUGUUCCCCCUGAACCACAAUGCCAUUGGUAGAGUCCACUCCAUCUAUACAUAAAAUGCAGCAUAUGAAUUAAAUUUAUGUCACAAUAGAACUAUUUCUCUGUCCCGGAAUGCAAAUGGUAGAGUCCUGUUUGUAUAUUCCUAAUGUUGGAACCAGAACGUCGCUGUUAGCUAACAAAAGGGUAAACAAACACAAAUGUUUUUACCAUUUAAGACAUGAAAGAGACGUUCCUAAAGCCCCAGAAUGAAUGAGUCCUAUCCAUGAUUUCCUAAUGUCGGAACCAGAAAGUGACCUGUUAGCUAACGACUGGAUCACUUUUGUUCUAGGAAUUCAUUGCCGUUUGUGGCAUUGAAGUCACAAUGGAAUAUUCAUUUAUUUAUUAUUUUGUGUCAUGGUGGAACCACCCCAGAAUCAAAAAUGUAUUUUAUCAUCAUUCGUACACCAGGACAUGGCCUGCUAAGGAAAAAACAAAGAGUAUGGACAUGGCCUCAGUGGCCUUAGUGUGGAUAAAGAUACACUCAAACCUCCGCCAUCUUCCUAGAACAAUUCCCUAUUUGCCAACAGCUCAUUUGACUUAGUUGGUUUGCGGUUUUACAAAAGAAUAAACUACUUCUUGUGGCUGUUUAACUAAUCAUUAACCUUGUGCACAGAUGCUGGGAGUAGCUUCCAAGCGAAAAGGCCACUUAAUUAUCAGGUCCCCCGCCAAAUGUCAGCAAGAAAAUGAAUCCUCCUGAUGAUGACGGCAAUCCUGAUCACAGAUGUCACUUUUCCUCCGACUGCUCAUCCUGUGGCUCUUUUUCUAAAGCGUCCCUUCUAAGUUUCUGCCAGCUGUAAUAUAGAUAUGAGUGACAGUGUUUAAUUAAACACUCACUCGUAAUAUUACGGUCCAGAGAGGAUGCCGCAUUGUGGGGUAGGGGGACAUAAUUAACCUGGUUUUGACACAAUCUUCAUGGUUGUUUUGAUUACACUUGUAACUACAAUGCGGUGGUCUCUUGUAAUAAAAAAACAGAGGGGGUCCCGCUCAUGUUAAUUGGAUUGUUCAUCUAUCAUGGAGAAAACAUGAAAAGAAAUAUUAUUCUCAUCUUCAUUUUUCCACUGAGGGCUGUAACAAGAGAAACUGAAGGGCCGCUUUGAUAGGCCUCACAUUUCCAUUCAUUAAACACGCUAAAAAUCAAUCCAAUUAUUAUCAUCUUGGCAUCUAAAUAGCCUUUUUGAGGGCUUUAACAAACUCAAACAUUGUUAAUUUUAUCUGUACAGAAUGCUGGGGGCUGCGAAUGGCCCCCAGGCUGCACUUUGGACACCCCUGCCUUAAUGUGUCCAAUGAGUGUAUUUUCCCCCUCGUAUUGCAUCACUUCAAAACUACUGAAGUAGACUAUUUAGAGAGAAACACGCUCAGUAAAGGGGGUAAAAAUAUAGAUUUUCUUGCCUCCUCAAGCCUGCUCAAUUGUUCUGUCCGCCUGAAAGCUCUCAGCUUCCUGAUUAUGCCUCAACACACUCAGCCACCUCAGUCGAUGCCUCUUUAAACACACCUCACACGGUUCACGCUGCCGAAUCAGUCAGCACACACCUUUCUUACAUCCUGUUUGACUAUAUGGAUAGGUACAAGUGAGCUGAUGGGUAGUCAGGGUAAUGUAAAGACGUCAUGGUUGGACUUCUGCUCAUGCAAAUAUAAACAGAAAUAUUUAUAUAAGAAAUAUGACAGCCAACCUGUUCCAAUCAUAAGAAACGAUUGCUCAAAGGAGUGAAUGGGGUGUUGAUUGACUUGGCGUUUUCAUUAUUGGCCACAUUGUGGUCCAUUCACCACAUGCCACGAACUCAAGCGGGAAUAUACGUUUGCUUCUUGUCAGCCUCGUCCGCAUUUUUAUUUUUGUGCUCAUGUCUAUUGAUUUGACUCGUCGAUGAUUGCGGGUCCUCGCUUCGAUCGUAUCUACAACACUGACAUCUGUCAUCUUAACUGGCAUUGAGGCCUAGUGGCCCUUUUGUCAGUAUGCAUGCGAAUGAGCAGUAAUGUGAAACAGUAUUACAUCACCCUUGCCUUGUUUUUAUGACCUUAACCUUCAUAAUGAACUGAAGUGCAUGUGAAAAUGUAGCACUCUUUGACCAGACGUUUAUUGCAACACACAUGAGUUUUAUUUAUGUCUUAAAUGGAUUAUUUUCUGCAAUUAUAACUAAUGCAUUGUGUAAUACACAUGUAAAGAUGACUCUUAUGAGUGUUAUUUCAUGUCUAGAGGGUUCUAAUAAUGUUAAAAACCGUAUUUAACAGAUUGCAAACAGGUUUUCUAUGCUUUAACGAUGAAAAUAUUCAAUUUAUAAAGAAGGAACCCUACUACGUGGAAAUUCACUUAUCACAGUCGGGUCUGGUACCAAUUAACUACGCUAAACGAGGAUUAGUGUAAAGCUCUACCGGAUGCACAACUGGACAGGGAUGCAUGGCUCGGCAGAAGACCAGUGCUAAUUAGAGACCACGUGUAAUUUGCUUUUGUAGCCCACGCAUCUGCCGUCUAUAAGAGACUGCAAUUUAUUGAACAGAGGUGCUAACCAAAGCAUUAGUAUGAUGUUAGCAAGUUAGCGUGAUUGGCAUUGCUUGUUCAGCUGGGAUUUAUCUGCAUUUUUUUCUGUGUUGCUGUUGUGUAUAAACGGCAUUGCCGGUGCCAGGAAUAGGGACACAGGCAGGAUCUGGGCGUCCGUGGGGUCUUAAAACGUCUAAAAUCCAAUCAUUUAAAUUUAAGGCAUUAAAAUGUUCUUAAAAAUGAUCUUAAAAUGUCUUAAAAUUGUGUUAAUGCUUCUUUUAUUUAAAACAAAUACUGAAAUUUCAGUCUUGCUUUUAGAUGUUUAGCUUUUUGAGGACGCUAUAACAAAACUACAAAAUGGAACUAAAGUGCCUGUGCAGCCUGGGGAGAAUUUAUUGAGGACAACCAGCAUGUGUGCUUUGUUUCUGAUUUUCCUUCAUUGUCUUUUGUACUUUUUUUGCCAGUUUGGAUGUGAAAUGGGUCUUGAAUUGUAUUCAUUAUGGACUUAAAAAGUUUUAAAGUCUUAAAUUUGACUUGUUGAAAACAUGUAGAGACCCUAAAGUGCUAGAUCAGCCCACCCUGUGUAUUCGCCCACCACUUCACAAGGGCCAGUUAAAAAAAAAAGAAGAGAAAAAUGCAGGCUUCGCUACAGACCUUAAAGCAUGGAGCAUGGAGCUCUGCCAACUAGCUUUUCCAGCAAAGUCUACAUUUAUUACACAUCAAGUAUAAGGCUUUAUGGAGACACGGCAAACAAGCAUUCGGUGGGGCGGGCGUGUCGUGUUUCUCUGCAAAGUGACGUCGCCGCCUACUGGCCUGGCACGCACAUUACAGCAUAAUCAUUAUGUCAUCGAUUAAGACAUUUCAUAUCAUAAAGUAACAUGUUUGCCAAAUGCUGAAGAUGUUAUAGGCAAAUAAAAGUGUAAUAUUUGAAGUUUUAUGAGCCAUCCAUCAUGUCAGGCCUGA